AUGAAAAUAUUAUUUUAGGUCAUUAAGAAUUAUCAAAGCUAGGAGGUUGCUGCUGUUGUUGUAACUACUCCUAACAAGAAAUAUUAUUUUAAUCUACCAGAAACUUUUUAAAGAUUUAUGAAAAAUAACAAGAUUAAAUUGAAUCCAUCAAAUGCAAUUUUCUUAACUAGAUUAAAAACAUCUCAUGUAUGCGGUUUAUUUGGCCAAAUGUUGACUAUGUUUGAGUCAAAAGCUGCUAUUGACACUAUUAUAUUAGGUCCAUAAGGAAUAUCUUAAUUUUUUGAUAAGAUAAGAUUUAAAAUGGGAUAUAAAAUACUGCCAUUUGGCUUUUAUGAUUUUUAACAAGAAAAAUCAUUUUUGUAUGGAUACAGAAAAUAUGAAACUAUAAUGAAACUUAUCGAGCAACCUAACUACCCUAAAUUCUUUUACGAGAUGAAUAAUUAUAUAGAAAAAAAUUUCAAGGGAGAUAAAACACUUUUCGAAGAAGAAAUAAACAAUCCCAACUAAUUUAUAACAGAUAAAAAUAUUUUCAAAGAUGAAAUUUGUGAAGUACAUCCAAUUUUUUAAAAAGGCAAUGUUAUAAGCUAUGUUAUAAUCCCUAACAAAAUUUAAGGAAAAGUCUUGAAAGAUAAGUUAAACUAAUAUGGUAUUAAGGGAAAAUAAAUUACUGAAUUAAUUAAUAAUGGAUAGAUUACACUCCCAAAUGGUCAAACAAUUUACUCUAAUUAAGUCCAAGAAAAAGCUCUCCCUUCUACUAUUUUUAUGAUUAUAGAUUGUGAUGAUGAAAAUCACUUACAAGACUUGAAAAAUAAUACUUUAAUAUAGAGUCUACUUGAAUCAAACAUAGACAAAGAAAGUCAUUGUAUGACUUGUAUAGUUCAUUUAGCUAAAUUUGAUCUAAUUAUGAAAGAAGAAUAUCAAAACUUUUUCAGUAAAUUUGGUUCAGAUUGCUAACAUAUUUUUACUUGUAAAGAGCUCUCUGAAUAAGGUUUACCUGAAUAAGACCAAGAUUUAGUGAAUACAAAUUUUAGUUAAUUUGCAUUUGUAGAAACCUUAAACUCUACCUUCAAUAACAAUUUCUCUAGUUUCAUGCAAAAACAGAUAAACUAUUUUAAAGACGGACUUGUUGAUGUAAAGUCUGCUUUUCCUCUUUUCAAGAAAUGCACAGUUGCUAAAAGAUAUUUUGAAUAUCAUUUAUUGCCCUUAAAAAACUAAGGCUACUUUCCUUUUUAAGGAGGAAGCUAGAAGGAAUUUUUUACAAAUGAAGAAGUAGACAAAAAGCUGAAAGAGUAUUUAGAAAGUUAUAAAAAGAGUUAAAUAAAUAUUGAGUAGUUCAAUAAUUGCGAUUUUUCUAAAUACAAUCCAGAAGUAGUAUUUUUAGGAACUGGUUCUAUGAAACCAGCUUAAUAUAGAAAUGUUAGUGCAAUUUAUAUCAGAAAUAACAACAAUAAUCAUGGGAUAAUUCUUGAUUGUGGAGAAGGUUCGUAUUAUUAGUUAAUAAAUCAGUAUGGUGAAGAUAGAGUUUAGAAUGAAAUAUUACCUAAUCUUAAAAUUAUAUUUAUCACUCACAUUCAUUCAGAUCAUCAUUUAGGAACUCUAAAUAUGAUUCGCUAGCGUCAUUUAGCUAUUUAAAAAUAAAAACUACAAAAUAAUAUUUCAUAAAAUGAUGAUGAAAACUAGCUAUUUUUAGUUGUUCCUUUUAACAUGGCUCCUUGGUUGCAAGCUUAUUCUGAAAUGAUAGAAGAAUUAAACUGCAAAAUAGUUUUUAACUAAUAAAUCAGUAAAUUUGAAAACUUCAACAACCUUCUUAACACAUCUAUCUUUGGGUCAAUGAGUAAAGAAAGCUAGGAAUAUUAUGAACACCCUAAAUAAAAUGAUAUCAUUAUUUAAUUCUUUAAUUAAAGAGACUAAUAUUUGCAAGCAUUUAAAAGUUACUUAGAAUCUCAAAAUAUUGUAGAAUUUUCAGCAAUCCCAGUUGACCAUUGUCCUCAAUCAUAUGCUGUUGUAAUUUAGCAUGCAAAUAAUGUAAAAAUAUGCUAUUCAGGAGAUUUACGUCCUUCGGAUAAAUUUAUUAAUGCUUCAAAGAAUGCUACUUUAUUUAUUCAUGAAGCAACUUUUAAUGAUGAUCUUUAGGAUAAUGCAGAAAAAAAUAUGCAUUGUACAGUUAGAGAAGCAACUAUCUCAGCUAUUUAAGCAAAUGCAUGGAGACUAGUUUUAACUCACUUCUCUUAAAGGUACUAAAAGGUAGCUCUUCCUAAUAUUAAUAAAGAAAGUAUAACUAAAGAUGACUUAGAAUAUUAUGAGUAUUUAGAAAAUAAUUCUGUUUUAGCAUUUGAUCAUCUUACAGGAUAAGUUACUGACUACGAGACUCUCCCUUUUAAGACUAGACUUGCUUAAGAUUUAUUUCCAAACAAUAAUGAAUGA